GGGAAAUCACCACCAGCCAAACCAGCCCAGCCCAGCCAGACCAAAGACCAAAUCCUCCUCGCCUUUCCCCGGCAGCCGCCUCGCCAGCCCCCAGAUCUGCUCCUCGGCUUGGCCCAACCAAGAAGGUCGUCCGCCGCCGCGGAUCGCAGCGUCAAGUCCCUCCCCCUCCUCCUGUAUUGGUGGGUGCCAUGCCCUUGAACCCUGUUGGUGCGCCGGGUUGGCCGUUCCCGUGGGGCGUGGCUGAAGAUGCACGCGAUGAUGGAGAUUCAGUACGAAGUGUGCACCAGGUGUUCUUGUUGGCUGCUGGCUGGUACCUUGGUCAUUGGCCCUUCUCCUCCUCCUCCUCCUCCUCCUCCUCUACGGUAUGGAGUCCGUCCUCGCGAUCCCGCGCCUCCUCCCCCCCACGCCAUCGGAUCUGGGGCGCGUUUGCCUUUCCUUGCCCGCCGGCAGACUUGCAUCCCUGCUCGUGCUUCGGAAAAUGUCGUAGCCCUCGUUCGGUCACGCCUCCACCGCGGUGGUGCUGGGUGUUGAGGGGAUCGAGCCACGACGAGCGACGAGUGAGCGACGAACGCGUGACUUGGUACGAUACGGUUCGGUACGAGACCUCCACCCUCGUUCUGGAACAUGGCGGGCGCGCCUCGCCCGAGGUGAGACGAUGUAUGUGCAUGUAGUAGUUACUUUGUAUCUCUAUUGCCGUUUAUAUAAACACGUCGUACACCCACCAGAUGCUGCUCUGAGCUCCUCUGCAUACUGCCCCCCCUCACACCCGCCCUCUCUUUCGUCUUUUCCAGCCAAGUGGCAGUGCCAGAGCUUUUGCGACUGUCUUGUCAUUCAAAUCCCCGCCACGGCCCUGUGGCCCAACAACUUCCUCCUUUCUUGCCAACCAUGUCGACGGCGCGGGUCGAGCAGGCCGACGACCUGGCCAAGGGCACCCUGGCCACGGCCAGGCAGUCGCUGCGCGACCUCUUCAUCUGGAAGAAGCGCGUGGUCGUGUCCAACGAGUACGGCGAGACGCGCUGCGAGUGGCACGAGGCGGACCGCUUCGUCAACCCCGUGAGCCUCAUGGCGCAGCUGUCGGCCAAGGACUGGCUCUUCUUCCUCGUCGGCUUCUGCUCCUGGACGGCCGACGCCUUCGACUUCCACGCCCUGUCCAUCCAGACCGUCAAGCUGUCCAAGUACUACGGCCGCUCCAAGACGGACAUUACCACCGCCAUCACCCUGACGCUGCUGCUGCGGUCCGUCGGCGCCGCCGUCUUUGGCCUCGCGGGCGACAAAUGGGGUCGCAAGUGGCCCAUGGUCGCCAACAUGAUUAUCCUGGGCCUGCUGCAAAUUGCCACCAUCUACAGCUCCCAGUUUUCGCAGUUCCUCGCCGUGCGCAGUCUCUUUGGGCUGUUCAUGGGCGGCGUGUACGGAAACGCCAUCGCCAUGGCGCUCGAGCAGUGCCCGGCUAAUGCGCGUGGCCUCAUGUCCGGCAUCCUGCAGCAGGGCUACUCGUUCGGCUACGUCUUGGCUGCGUGCGCCAACCUUGGCGUGGGCGGUAGCGUCGACUCGUGGAAGACGGUUUUCUGGAUCGGCGCCGGCAUCUCCAUCGCCGUGGGCCUCGUGCGCAUCCCGUUCCCCGAAUCCCACCAGUUCCUCGAGGCCAAAAAGGCAGGCAAGAAGUCGACGUCGCCGGGAGCCUUUUGGCGCGAGACGAAGAAGAUGCUCGCGCAGGAGUGGAAGAUGUGCAUCUACUGCGUGAUCCUCAUGACGUGGUUCAACUACUACUCGCACACGUCGCAGGACUCGUACACGACCUUUAUGCUGACGCAAAAGGAGCUGGACAAUGCGGGGGCGUCGCGAGCGUCGAUCCUGAUGAAGGCGGGCGCGUGCGUAGGCGGCUGCAUCAUCGGCUACCUCAGCCAGUUCGUGGGACGGCGGCGCGCCAUCAUCGUGUCGGCGCUGAUGUCGGCGGUGCUUAUCCCCGCGUGGAUCUUGCCCGAGGGCGAGCGCGCGCUGAGCGCGACGGGCUUCUUCAUGCAGUUCUUCGUGCAGGGCGCCUGGGGGGUCGUCCCCAUCCACCUCAACGAGCUGUCGCCCGUGGCGUAUCGCUCUACGUUCCCCGGCGUCACGUACCAGGUCGGCAACAUGAUCUCCUCGCCGUCGGCGCAGAUUGUCAAUGCCGUCGCCGAGAAGACGUUUGUCACGCUCAAGAACGGCGACAGGGCCGAGGCCUACGGGCCGGUCAUGGGCAUCGCCACCGUCAUCAUCGCCCUCGGUAUCGUCUUCACCACCAUGUUCGGCCCCGAGAGGCGCGGCCGCAACUUUGAGAACAAGGUGGCCGGCGUCGACAGCGACGCGUCGAGCAAGGUCCUCGACGAAGAGGCCGCCGACGAUGAAAAGGGCGGACGCGUUGAGCUGGAAGAGAGGAAGUAGUGGGCUGGCCUUUGCGUAUGGUCCGUGUAGUCUAUGCCAUGAAUGUUGACGAAUAACCAAAUGCUUUGAGAUGUUGACAUGCCGACAAACUGAAGUGGGUGAAGAAGAGUGGAUGGCGGUGUAAAGUAGACGUAUGAAGAAAGCAUGGUGUUGCUGCCGUUCGUAGAGCA